UACUCUCCACCCAAUUAGUCCUCCAUUUUCUACUGUCUCCAUCUGUUCAUCUCUAAAUUCUGAAGAUCGAUCAAUGGGUGUUCUCACUCUAACUGAAGAGCUCACAAGCCCCGUCUCUGCAGGAAUCAUGUUCAAGGCCUUGAUCCUUGAUGCUGACAACCUCAUCCCCAAGCUCAUGCCUCAGGCCAUUAAGAGUGUUGAGACAGUUGAGGGCAAUGGAGGGCCUGGAACCAUUCAGAAGAUCACCUUAUCUGAAGGUACCCACAUGAAGCACUUGAAGCAUAGGAUUGAUGCACUAGACGAAGAGAAAUUGAUAUAUAGUUACACAUUGAUCGACGGUGAUGAAUUGCUGGACAAGAUUGAAUCAGUUUCUUAUGAGAUUAAGUUCGAGUCCACUCCUGAUGGGGGAAGCAAAUGUACUAAAUUUAGCAAUUACCAUCCUAAACCAGGGGCCCAGAUCAAUGAAGAGGAAAUCAAGGCAGACAAGGAAAAGGCCAUGGCUGUUUACAGGGCUGUGGAAGCCUACCUCUUGGCCAAUCCUAAGGCCUACGCUUAAUUAAUGUUUCCUUCUUCAGACAGUAGUACUACCACUGCUACUAUAUAUAUAUAUAUAUCUUGUGUACGUUCCUCAUCCACGUAGUUUCUAUGUCUUUGCUUUGUGGCACCAGAUAUACUGGCCUCCGCGUCGCAUAAUAUAGAAAUAAAUAAAAAUUGCUGGAAAAAUUGGAUUUGAAGAUGCAAA